AUGGCACUACAACUAGCUGAUCAUUCUUGCAGAUAUCCUAUGGGAAUACUUGAAGAUGUGCCGGUAGAAGUUGGUGGGAUUACUAUUCCCACAGAUUUCGUAGUUCUGGACAUGGUAGAAGACCCGAAGAUUCCAAUCAUAUUGGGAAGACCCUUCCUUGCCACAGCUGGAGCAAUAAUUGAUGUAAAAAACCAUAAACUUUCUUUGGUAAUUGAUAAGGAAAGGUUAGAAUAUGAUUUGUCUAAUGCUUCUAACCAUGUCUCUUCUUUAUUAUUAAGUGUUCACAGCGGGGCAGAUGGUUAUCAACUUGAGGAUUGGAAUUUUCAUCCUCAUAGUAGGCCACCAAAUGUAGAACAUGAUCCGGCAAGCGAUAUUGGGAGGAGGCCUCCCAAUAAAAAUGAGAAAUAUGUUUGCCCUCCUAGGGCAAGAAAAAGAUGA